AUGAACUGGCUCAGAGAGAUCGAACAAGCUUUCCGGGCUUGUGACUGUGACGAGGGGCAAAAAGCAAAAUUCGGCUCACAAAUGCUAAGGGGUACAGCUCUCACCUGGUGGAACAUUGUCAUCUCGACCAUCGAUGGCACUGAAUUAACCAAGAUGAGUUGGACCACUUUCAAGGAAAAAGUAAUGGAGGAAUAUUGCAAUGAACAAGAGAUGGACCGCAUAGAAGAAGAGUUCCGAACCUUAAAGAAGGGAAAUAUGACGGUAAGAGACUACACUCGACUCUUCAUGGAAAAACUAAACUUGGUGGGGCACGUGGCCCCAACAGAGAAAGACAAGAGGAAAGCCUACCUUAAAGGGCUACCUGCUGACAUGAUGGUAAUGGUUAGGAAUUCGAGGGCGUCCACUCUCAGGGAGACGAUAGAAGAGGCCAAGAUCAUGGAAACGGCUUACGCUAGAGGGAGAGAGGAGAGGGCAACGGGUGGUGAGAAAAGAAAGUGGGAAGGGCAUCAUGCACCUCCCAAGAGACCGAAUUAUCCCG